UCAAAAAAAAUUCACUUAAUAAACUUUCAUGGAAGAAUUUCCCAAAAGAGAAAACCCAACGGGGAAGGUGGAAGCGGAAAUUUUAAUGCUUGAUUUUAAAACACCCUCAACUUCAAUUAAAACCAGGCACUCUUGUCGCGGCUCGUGGCGUUCGUCUGCUCUGUCUCCCCAAUUUCUAGCUUUUAUUAACGGCGCCGCAUCAACAAAAAUACAACGACGACGAAACAAGCUACAGUCCAUUUUUUCCCUUCAAAACUGCUCUGAAAAAGCAAGCUUUGCCCACAUUUACCAAAGAUUCAACAAGAUGCCGCGGAAACCAACCAGGCAUCGUAGAUUGUUACCAGUUCAGCCUUUGACUUUCUCACCAUUUGCUCGUUCUGUUGCUCGAGUUGCCACUGCUUACCUGCUCAAUCAUCACAUACGCGAUGCCACACAGCAAUCAGCAGGUGUUGAAUUAAAUGAAAAGUUAAAAAAGGUAGACAGACAAUCCGAGUCGUCUGAGGAUGAAGCAUUCGAUGGAGUUGUCCAAGCAGAUUUUGCCUUCUUUGAUCCAAAACCUGAUGACUUCCAUGGGGUGAAAACCUUGCUGCAAACCUACCUUGAUAACAAGCAAUGGGAUUUGAGUGGUUUCAUAGACUUGAUAUUGGGACAAACCACUGUUGGAACUGUUGUUAAAUUAGAGGGCGACGAAGACAAUGGAGUUUUUUCUGUAAUUACUGCCCUUAACUUGGGGAGAUAUAAGGAUCACAAGUGUAUUACAGAGCUCAAGGAGUUCCUUCUUAACGUAUGCCAGGACAAAGAUAAAAUAGGAAACUUGAGAGCACUUUUGGGAGAUAAAUCAUUGAAUGUGGGUCUCCUGGUUUCCCAACGUGUUGUGAAUCUUCCUCCUGAACUCUUGCCACAUCUUUAUGAUGCACUGUUUGAUGAAGUCUCGUGGGCUACAGAAGAUGAGCCCACAGAGGAGUUGCGUAAUUCUUUCCACUUCAAGUUUUACAUACUAGUAAGCAAAAUUUACGAGCACAAGAAUGCAAAUCAGAAAAGGUCUUCAAGCGCAGACAAAGAUGAGGCAAUAAUAUAUAUUAAGCCAGAAGAUGAAAUUUUUCGCAAGCUGAGCAUAUGGUCCUUCCUUUUUCCUUUGCAAAUUCAGCAGGUCACCACUCAUGAGCUAAAAAAUUACCAGUUAACAGGAAUUGUCAUGGCUGUCAAAGCAGAAAACAUUUCCUCAUUCCGACAGCAAUUACGGACUUUGAUAAAUGAAUCUUGAGUCUCAUUGGAAGAAUGCAAAAGUAUUGAUGUUGUGACAACUGUGUUUUUUACUUGAAAGAUUUUGAUAAGCUCACAGUUUUGGUAAAUGUUGAGGAUGCAACCUGAUGACUUCUGGUAAUUUUCUUGCACCAGUUGGGGGAACAGCAAUUACGGACUUUGAGAAAUGAAUCUUGAGUCUCAUCGGAAGAAUGCAAUAGUUUUGAUGUUGUGACGACUGUGUUUUUUACUUGAAAGAUUUUGAAAAGCUCACAGUUUUGGUAAAUGUUCAGGAUGGAACCUGAUUAUAAAUAUAAUCAGAUAGGACUUUGUGUUUUUUAUUUAAAAGAUUUUGUAAGUACGGCAGACAUUCAGACCUGAUUUAGAUGACAUUUUUGUUAGAAUGAUAUUUGUUAUCAUGCAAAGCCAGGAUAGCCUUGUCUUUUAGUUCCGUUUUUGAGCCUUCUACUUCUUCUUCCACUUGCCAAAUUAUGCAUUCAACAUGGAGAAGCUUUGCUUUGCUCGAUGGUCAUUUGAUUUCUUGAAAGUUGCUGCAGAUCCAGCCAUAUUGUUCGGAGUGGAAUAUUAACUUGUCAGCAUGACCAUUAACAUGAUCUGACUGAAUCCAGUUGUUAACUGUAACCAUGCUUUCUGGGCUUAGAAGAUAUGGCAAUACCUAUGCUGGAAAUCUGAAAUCGUUCUAGAAAAAAACUCAAAAACCUCAUGAAAGAGGCAGCUGAAAUUCCCACUGAAAUACUAUUGUAGAAUUUUGCCAAAAGCCAUCUCCCAUCCAUGCUCAGCUCAGUUGCUGUUUUCUUCACUUGAAAAUAUUUUAGACCCUUUUCAUCUUUUUGUUCCUUUAAAGGAAAGAAAACCAAUUUGAAAUCAAUGGGCCAAAAAUCCAAAGAAAUUGG